AUGGUCAGACUUUUCCAAAACGGUCUGGCGUCUGGCCUCGUGGCCUACGCUUUGUAUCAACGCGCUCUGUCUAUGGAUCUCCAGGAGAUCGACUCCUACGAGACGACGACUACCAACACCGAGAUGAAAAUCGCGGUGUCUGGUUCCACUACAUCGUCUUCUGCCUUGGAUCUCCAGAACCAGCACUCAUUCUUCUGGGGUGGUGGAAGUGAAACCGAUAUCCUCGGAAACUUCACAGUCGCCAUGAUUGAGGACUACGAGACUAUUCUCGCCAUGGAGGCGUUCAAAAGCAUGAUUCAGAACGUUACUUGCACCAACGGCACCACUGCUAGCGUGACCGUUGCAUUCCAAGACUCGGCUUCAUACACUUAUGCCAAAAAUGCCUGGAACUGGCUCAACGAGGAAGAUGCUCAUUAUGUCAUGCUGGUGGCGGGUGCCGGUCAAUGUGGCUGGAAUACCAUCAGACAGCCCUUCAUCAUGACUGGAGCCAGCUUCCGUGACAACAUCAACACUGCCAGAUUCACCGGCAACGUGACCGAGUGGCAGGAUUCCGUGCGCAACUAUGCUGUGAAGAUUGCCAAACCUGAGACCGACUCGCAGAUCGCCAUUGCCAAGCGAGGCGUUAGCAUGAGAAAGAGGGGUUCAUCUGAUAAGACCAUCGACAUUGAAAAGGACUUCUCCUUCAGCGACAAGCCUCUCUUCGAUAAGGAGGGCGCUUCGCUGAGUGCCGGAUGCUCCACGUGCAAAACUGCGGGAGAAUUUGACCUGGUCUUUGAAUACGGGAAUUUUGCCAGCGGCCUGCUCAACUUAUUCACCCACAGCUUGAAGGGUAGCGCCACACUCUCGCCUAAAGGUGUUUCCGCCUAUAUCGAGCCUAAGGUCAAGUUGAGUGGGAACUUGACCAAGUCAGUGGCUGACGAACUCAAUCUGGUCACUAUCCCAGUUGAGGGAAUCAACAUCCCGAAAAUAAUUACUAUCGGUCCCAUGGUCAAGGUUGCCCUUGGGUGGUCAAUCGGCCCUAUCGAUGGAGAAGCUACUAUUGGCAUGGGUGUCGAGAUGGAUAUCAAGGACUCUGCAAAGGCGGUGCUUAACCUCGACCAAGAUGCAAAGAACGAGAUCAGCUUCGAUCAGAGCGGAUGGUCGCCUUCGGUCACCACAAAGGACUUCACUCUCGACGCCAAGCUUGAGGCCAACGUCGAGAUCUAUGGCAAGGUGUCUGUCGAGCUUGAGCUCGAAGUCUUCAACCACGGUUGGGAAGCUGGUGUUUACCUUCAGCCCUACGUUGGAGCCGACCUAGGUCUUGAGGCUUCCAACAAGGGUGUUUGCUCGAAGGAUAGCUCUGAAUACCACUACGCUGUCGAGGUGACUCCUUCCGCGGGUGUCAACCUUGUUGCGGACCUCGCCAGUGCGAGCGACGAGGCCAACCCCAUCAGCACUUGGAACAUUGCGUCCAUCGCCACCACGCUGUCCGAGAAAUGCUUUGGCUUCGACAAGAUUACCUCCACCACGACCACCACGACCACGAGCAAGACCACCUCGACGAAGGAGACUAGCUCCAAGGAGACCGGCUCUUCUUCCCACCAUGCGAGCUCGGCCACUUCCAAGGCGCACCCCAGCAGUGCCGCUGCCCACGCCACUUCCACUCUAAUCGCUCACAAGACCUCCACUCACAUUGCCACUCAUGCUGCCACGAUCACAGCCUCGCCUUCCCACAAGUCCCGCCGGACCAUCGUCGGAGGCCACGGCCGCCGCAGACACUAA